CAGAAAAUAUUGGACUAUUGUUUGGUUCUGCAGUUGGUCAUUAUGUGUGGAAGACUAGCAUUCAAGCUUUCUCUGCUUCUGCUGGUGUGGGGUGUGUGCACAGCCUUUCAAGAGAUUCAAGUGAAAACCUUGGAAAGAGGAGAAGAUUUGGGCACUCUUACCUGUCAAAACCAAACCUAUCAUAACAUGACGUAUGUAAUAUGUAAGAUAGAUAGAGUGAUAAGUGGUGGGAAUGAGUGUCAAGUGUCUCUUCGGUUUGACCAAAAUGGUACAAACAGCACUUGUGACCCCAGAGUCACACUGCAGAUAGAGAGUGACAGAGUGUUUCUACACAUCACCAAUAUACAACCAUCUGAUGAAGGGGACUACACCUGUCAGUGUGCAUAUAAUGGAGGACAUCAUGAGCUUCAUGUACACAUUUAUGUCAACAGAUCCCAUGAGGACAUGGACAACAGACAUUCCAAUAUUGAGAUAAUAGUAGGCCUAGCAGCAGCUGUUCCUGUCACGGCCUUUGCUGUCGUAAUCAUGAGGAAAAUGCGUUUUAACAGGAGAACACAGAAGGAAGCGGUGUACACCUUUAAAGAGGAGGAGCAACAGGACAUUGAGCCCUACAACACGUUCACAAGGAGAGACAAUGGGCUUUACUCAACCCUCCAGCUGCCACAUUCUAACCCCUGACCUCUGGCACCGUUGACCAAUGACAACAAGUCAUUAGACACCUUUUUCUAUCACUAGGGGUUAAAUAGUAUUUCACCAGCCAUGAUAUACAACUGUACAGUAUAUCCAUUUACUGUAUAUCUUGAUUACUGUAAUGCCCCUAUUUUUACAGCUGAUACACUGACUUUAUAUAGUUCUAUUGAUUGGUUACUAACACCUGGCUGAAUAGGUCCUGUACUGUAGAUCGUCUUCUGUUGCUGUAAAUAUCAUCACUUACUGUAUGAAUCCUGCACAGUAUGUUACGUAGAUCCAAGUAGAACCAGUGUUCCUGUGGACAGAUGAUGUGAAUCCUGCACAUUAUGUUACAUAGAACCAGUGUUCCUGUGGACAGAUGUGAUCAUGUGCAUUUCCACCAGGUGUCAGUGUAUUGCAUCUGUAAAAGAUACUCCCUGCAGAAGUAGAGAUUUAGGCAUCAUCAGAACAUGCUUCAUGACAAUGUAUUUUCCUUGCUUUCAAUGUUCCAUCUCCAUGUAUCAUGUAGGCCUCAUUAAUUACAUGUGAAGAGAUGUAACAACAAAACUAAAGCAUUCAUUAAAACUUCAUUUCCAAACAGAUCCAUGACCUCUAUAGUAAUAUGUAUACUGUAUGGACUGUAUGUAUCUAACCCAGCAUGUACACUCUAGAGGAAAAUGAACCGUUAUCUACAUCAGGCUUAUAUGAUAUAAGAACCCUUCAGCCUUGUGGUGGUGCAGAAUCUAUCAUUGUUUGUGUAAAAAGAAGGAAGUGGACCUGUUGAGGUGGCUGUAGUUAAUAUGUUGGCCUCUCUGUGGUGCUUUGCAAAGACCAAGAUGCACUAGCAGAGGUCCAAGUGUUUAUGUGAAACAGUAAGACAGGUAGAAGCUAGAAAACAGAACCACUUCCUCCUCUCAGCCCUCAAGGUUCAUUAUAACUAGUCAACCCAAGUUUGACUUUGUUUCUCUACUGAACAACUAACGUUGGAUAGACGUUGAGUUCUGUACUCAGUCUGAGCAGACAACAUUGAGUAAGUAAUGUUUGGUUCUGCAGUUGGUCAGUGUUUGUAUUCAGGCUACUUCUGCUUCUCGUGCUGUGGGUUGCAGUUAGUCGAUAAGAAAUCAACUUUACUUUUUCACCACACUACUAAUGCUCAAUCUAAAAACCAUGGAACAGUACACUCACAAUCUGUUUCCCUUCCCGUUGGCAGUGACUGAAAUAAAGAUAUCUUUCUGCCCAACUCAAA